GGAACUAAAUCCAGGAUGACGUCGCCUGGGUAUAAAAAAGGGAAGAGGUUCGGAUGGAUUAUACUCCGUGCAGCCCUCCGGGCUGAGAUCAGUAAACAGGCGCGAGCCGAGGGGGGAAAGUUCCAGGGGUGGAUCCUGCGCACACACACACGCAUACGCAUGCACACACACUCUGCCCGACUGCUGCCCUCGGAAAAGGCUUCGCUCUUUUCUCUCCGAUCCCUUUCCAAAAUUUCUCCCGAAAGUUUCGAUUUCGCGUCUCUCCGGCUUCCCCCCUCCCCUCCACUACCACCACUGCCGCCGCAGCCUCCGGCAGCACCUCCCUCCCCCGGCCGGUCCCCGGCCCGCGUUGGGGCAUGCCUGCGAGCAUGUUCAGCAUCGACAACAUCCUGGCGGCCAGACCUCGCUGCAAGGACUCGGUGCUGCUGCCCCCGAGCGCCGCGCCCGUCGUCUUCCCCAGCCUGCACGGGGACUCCCUCUACGGCGCUGCCUCCGACUACGGAGGAUUUUACUCCCGGGCUGUGGCUCCCGGCUCGGCGCUGCCGGCGGUCGGCGGCUCCCGCCUGGGCUACAACAACUACUACUACGGGCAGCUGCAUGUGCCCGCAUCUCCCGUGGGCCCGUCGUGUUGCGGGGCCGUGCCGCCGUUGGGGGCCCAGCAGUGCUCCUGCGUUCCCCCCGCAGAUGUUGCCCUACAUGAACGUAGGCACUUUGUCCCGGACGGAGCUGCAGUUACUCAACCAGCUGCACUGCCGGCGGAAAAGACGGCACCGGACUAUCUUCACUGACGAGCAGCUCGAAGCGCUGGAAAACCUCUUCCAGGAAACGAAAUACCCGGACGUGGGCACCAGGGAACAGCUAGCGAGGAGGGUGCACUUAAGAGAGGAAAAAGUGGAGGUUUGGUUCAAAAACCGCCGGGCGAAAUGGAGGAGGCAAAAGCGGUCGUCUUCCGAGGAGUCAGAAAAUGCACAGAAAUGGAAUAAAGCGUCUAAAACGUCUCCGGAGAAGAGGCAAGAAGACGGGAAAAGCGAUUUGGACUCCGACAGCUGAUGCCGCGCAGGGGGACGCUCCCCGUGGACUGUAGGAUACGCUCCGGAGGAUGCUACUAUCUUGCACAAGCUCUGCCUUGUCGGAGGGGGAAACUAUCUGUAUAUAAUGUACAAUACCCCGAGUCGAUUUCGUGUAAAUAAAAUGUGUUGCAGAGGUGUUGCACAGGCA